GAAGUGACAUCCAUUGCGGAAGGAAUCUACAACUGUUAAAAGAGACAGUAUUCAAGAGACAUUGGAAUCAGCCUACCAUCCUCUUUGGAACACAGGAAGGGUCAUGACCCAGUUGCCAUGCGCAUCACCACGGUGACCAGUCUUCCUAGUCCCUCCCCCCUCCUCCUCUUAUUGGUUCAGCUGCUGUUGUGGCUCAUCCUCCCAGGUCAAGAGGCAGUCGGAGCCGCCUCCACCUGUCCCGUGCCGUGCAGUUGUUCUAAUCAAGCUAGUCGAGUGAUCUGUACAAGACGAAACUUAGAAGAGGUGCCCGACAGUAUAUCAAACAACACACGUGCAUUUUACCACAAGAGUGCAGCUCUGACAGAUUCCACCCUCCUCUUCAACACCCCCAACCCAGUGAUAAAAUCAGACACAUUCAAACAUUUGCGGCAUCUGGAGAUCCUCCAGCUCUCCAAGAACCAGAUUCGCCAGAUAGAGGUGGGUGCUUUCAAUGGCCUCCCAAACCUCAACACUCUGGAACUGUUCGACAACCGCCUCACGCUGGUGCCAUCGCAAGCUUUUGAGUACCUCAGCAAGCUGCGGGAACUGUGGUUACGAAACAAUCCCAUUGAGACUUUACCAGGCUACGCCUUUCACCGCGUCCCCUCGCUGCGGCGUCUUGACCUAGGCGAACUCAAGAAACUGGAUUAUAUAUCUGAUGCAGCCUUUGUCGGACUCAUCAACCUGCGCUACCUAAACUUGGGUAUGUGUGGCCUAAAGGACAUCCCUAACUUGACUCCCCUGGUGCGACUGGAGGAACUAGAGUUGUCUGGGAACCGUCUGGAAAUCAUCAGACCCGGAUCCUUCCAAGGCCUGGAAUCUUUGCGCAAACUAUGGCUCAUGCACUCUCAGAUGUCGGUCAUCGAGCGCAAUGCUUUCGAUGAUCUCAAGAACCUAGAGGAGCUUAACCUAUCCCACAAUUCCCUGCACUCUUUGCCCCAUGACCUUUUCACACCUCUGCAGAAGCUGGAACGAGUGCACCUCAAUCACAACCCAUGGGUGUGCAACUGCGAUGUGCUUUGGCUAAGCUGGUGGCUGAAAGAAACUGUGCCGAGCAACACAACUUGCUGUGCGCGGUGCCACGCACCACCCUACCUUAAGGGAAAGUACAUAGGAGAGUUAGACCAGAGCCAUUUCACCUGCUAUGCCCCUGUCAUUGUGGAGCCGCCCACUGACCUCAAUGUGACCGAGGGCAUGGCUGCUGAGCUCAAGUGUCGCACCAGUACCUCCAUGACCUCUGUGAACUGGGUCACACCGAACGGCACCCUAAUGACCCAUGGCUCCUAUAGGGUCAGUAUUUCCGUUCUGCAUGAUGGCACACUGAAUUUCACCAAUGUAACUCUGCGUGACACUGGCCAAUACACCUGCAUUGUGACCAACUCAGCUGGGAACACAACGGCAACUGCUGUCCUGAAUGUGACCGCAGCAGACGUCAGUGUCAACUACACCUACUUCACCACAGUCACUGUAGAAACUGUGGAGUCUACGGGAGAUGAAGAUUCUGCAUUGCGUGUCUUCAACGAGACUUUCAUCCAUAUUCCCGGGCCUACACCUUCUGGGCACCUCUGGCAUGAAGUCCCAACUACUGCCUCUUCUCUCUCAAUCCUUGGCUCAUCGUCUUCUCCCAGAGCAACCAAACCCACUUUCACUGUCCCCAUUUCUGAGCCCAGCUAUCCCUCUGGACUAGAUGAUGUGAUGAAGACCACCAAGAUCAUCAUCGGUUGCUUCGUGGCCAUUACCUUCAUGGCUGCCGUCAUGCUGGUGGUGUUCUACAAGCUGAGGAAGCAGCAUCAGUUGCACAAACACCUUGGGCCGGCACGAGCCAUUGAGAUCAUUAAUGUCGAAGAUGAAAUUGGACCGGGAACGGGCAUCCGUGGCAGCGGCAUCUCAGGAGGAUCCACAGUACCGCAAGCAGGGUCCGGCGGAGGCGGACAGAGUUUGCGUCUGCACCACCCUGAAAUUGUCAACCUCCCAAACCUUGCACGAGCUGAGCAUCUCAACCAUUACUUCAAGGCCCAUCACUUCAACAAUAACAUGAUGGGUCUGGGCCUUGGCGGAGGCUCAGGUGGAGGCCUAAACAAUAACAACAACCCUUCACCCUGCUCCCAGGCCCAGACUACCCCAAUCUCUUACACGCAGGUGCCAGUCUCUGCAAGUAGUACAUCAUGCUCCAUGCCUUCUUCAAUGCCUCUGCCGACCCUUGGCAUCCACGGGUCACUGAAAGGCCUGAUGGGUAAAGGGCAGAACCCACAGAUUGAGCCGUUGCUUUUCAAGAGCGGCUCCAAGGAGAAUGUCCAAGAAACCCAGAUCUGAAUUUGAGAAAGAGAGUAAGGGAGAGAGGGAGAAAGGUAAAUGUACAGAUAAAAGAUGGAGAAACAGUAUCAGGGAGACAGAAACAGAUGAAGGGUAUUGGCUGUUCAGCCCCUAUGGGUAUGUUCUCAGGAGUAAUGAGAAAGGCAGACCCAGCAUUGUAUGAAAUAUUACCUACACAAGAAUACAAGAUACAGCUGUGAAAUCACUACCAAGUACAUACACUGGCAAAGAGUGGGGGAAUUUCUAGAUGGAAGUCAGGCAACCACUCAGCAGUUUAAUAUCACAGUCUUUACAUUACUCUGAUCCACACAUAUGAAGGGGAUCAUCAGACAUCAGCAAACAAAAUCACACUUGCCAAUACGAUAUAAAUCGAUACGUUUUUGUGUAAUGCAAGAUUGAUAAUUAUGUGCCAAACUUGCACCAAUCUGUGCCAAAGCAAAAUCUUUGCACAUCAGCCUCACUACGCAUGCGUACAAACACAUUUCAGAAGAUGAAAAGAUCUGCGCGUAUACUGUACUCCAUUAAUAAAGCAGAUAUGCUACAAAAAUUAGAACCAUACACACCAUUAGGUAGGAAGUGUAUAUAGAAAUACAUGAACAACCUUAAGUAUUUAUGGACAGUGGCUGAGAAUGAAAACUCACACGUGUAAAUGGUUUAGUGAACCAUAAAACUCAGAUAACAAAAUGGAUCAUUCAAAUUUUGUAGAGGUUUGCAGUCCUACGAAGGAAAGAUAGAUUAGUAGACCAGCACUGUGUAGAGGGCUUAUGUUUCGCGAUGAUGGACUCAGUUUUCUCCCCUUUCUCGAAGGCUCUCACAGUUGAGGGGAAGAUAUGAAAA